UCGGCAUGGUGAGGGAACCGGUCAGUAAAUAAUUCAUUUCCUGAACAAACACAGUCGCGAAAAGACGUCUCUGGUGUUUGGCUUCUGUGAUUACGGCAAAUUCGAGUGUCAUGUUUCAUUAUUGCUAAUUCAAUUUGAAAAAAAAAACCGUAGUGCCAUUUUACGGUCUCUGGUACCCCGUGGUACUGCUUUAAUUAAUCCAAGUUUCCGAGACUUUAAAAAUGACUAAAAGUGACGAAAGACACACUUGUUUUCUUCUCCUCGAGGAUGGGACUGUACUACCGGGUGAAUCGUUUGGGGCUCGAAACCAAAUCGAUGGGGAAGUUGUUUUCCAGACUGGGAUGGUCGGUUACCCCGAAUCCCUAACCGACCCCAGCUACCAUGCCCAGAUCCUGGUCCUCACAUACCCCCUCGUGGGUAAUUACGGUGUCCCCAAAGCGGUCGAAGACCCGCACGGGUUGCCCUAUUUUUUCGAAUCGCACCGGAUUUGGGCCGCUGGUCUCGUCGUGGGUGAACACUGCGACAAUCCGAGCCAUUGGCACAACUUCAGGACACUUUCCGACUGGAUGAAGUCGGAAAAUGUCCCCGGGAUCCAAGGGAUUGACACUAGGGCCUUGACCAAGAAAAUUCGCGAAAAGGGGACGAUUUUGGGCCGGAUUGUUUAUAGUUUGCCCAUUGUGACCGAAAAUUUGAAAAUUGUUGACCCCAAUUUGAGGAAUUUGGUCGAGGAAGUGUCAGUUAAGAAAAUUGUGACGUAUAAUUCCGGGGGGAGUCCCAGGAUUUGUGCCGUUGAUUGCGGCUUGAAAUACAAUCAAAUUCGCUGUUUGGUUAAUAGAGGGGCUCGGGUUGAUUUGGUACCAUGGGACCACAAACUCAAUAUCAACGACUAUGAUGGUCUUUUUCUCAGCAAUGGUCCUGGGGACCCAACCAUGUGCCAGGUCACUAUCAAUAACAUCAAAGACGUGAUUAAGGGACCAACAAUUAAACCGAUUUUUGGUAUUUGUCUCGGUCACCAACUCCUUUCAGUGGCCAUUGGGUGCAAAAGCUACAAAAUGAAGUAUGGUAAUCGUGGUCACAACCAACCAUGCACCCAUCAUGGUACCAACCGGUGUUACAUGACCUCGCAAAACCACGGUUUUGCCAUCAAUACGGAGACACUUCCCAACGACUGGGAAAUCCUCUUCACGAAUGCUAACGACAAGACCAACGAAGGAAUAAUUCACUCAAAACUGCCGUUUUUCAGCGUACAGUUCCACCCCGAACACACAGCUGGGCCCCAGGACCUUGAAUGCCUCUUCGACGUGUUCCUGGACCUGGUUAAGAACCCCAACCAGACAGCUAAGACUCUCCUUACCCAAAAACUAACCUAUUCGGGCACCCCUCAGUUGCCCGAACGCCCCAAAAAAGUGCUAAUAAUAGGUUCCGGGGGCCUUUCCAUCGGCCAAGCGGGCGAGUUUGACUAUUCCGGCUCCCAGGCCAUUAAAGCCCUUCGUGAGGAAAACAUCCAAACUGUUUUGAUCAACCCCAACAUCGCCACAGUCCAAACCUCCAAAGGUUUAGCCGACAAAGUCUACUUCUUGCCUCUAGUACCCGACUACGUGGAGCAAGUCAUUCGAGUCGAGCGCCCCGGAGGCGUGCUGUUAACCUUCGGGGGGCAAACGGGCCUCAACUGUGGGGUCGAGCUCCAAAAAGCCGGCAUCUUCGACAAGUACAACAUCCAAAUUCUGGGGACCCCCAUCCAGGCUAUAAUCGAUACGGAAGACCGGAAGAUCUUCACCGAACGUAUUGCCGCCAUUGGGGAGAAGGUGGCCCCCAGCAUGGCGGCGCACUCCGUGGAGGAGGCUCUGGAGGCGGCCGAGCAACUGGGGUACCCGGUCAUGGCCCGCGCUGCCUUUUCCCUAGGCGGACUUGGGUCGGGCUUCGCCAAUAGUAAGGACGAACUUAAGACUUUGGCCGUCCAGGCUUUGGCCCACUCGAGUCAAUUGAUCAUCGACAAGUCGCUCAAAGGCUGGAAGGAGGUGGAGUACGAGGUGGUGCGGGACGCCUUCGACAACUGCAUCACGGUGUGCAACAUGGAGAACGUCGACCCUUUGGGGAUACACACCGGGGAGUCGAUUGUGGUCGCCCCCAGCCAGACCCUUUCGAACCGGGAGUACAACAUGCUGCGCACCACCGCCAUUAAGGUGAUUCGGCACUUCGGGGUCAUCGGCGAGUGCAACAUCCAGUACGCCGUCAAUCCCAACUCCGAGGAGUUCUACAUCAUCGAGGUUAAUGCUAGGUUAUCGCGAAGCUCGGCCCUGGCCAGUAAAGCCACAGGGUACCCCCUAGCCUACAUCGCGGCCAAGCUGGCCUUGGGGGUACCCCUCCCUGAGAUCAAUAAUUCCGUGACUGGGGUCACAACUGCGUGUUUUGAGCCAAGUCUUGACUACUGCGUCGUCAAAAUCCCCCGCUGGGACUUGCACAAGUUCUCCCGCGUCAGUACCAAAAUCGGAAGUUCGAUGAAAAGUGUGGGGGAGGUGAUGGCAAUCGGGCGCAAGUUCGAAGAAGCGUUCCAGAAGGCCUUGCGCAUGGUUGACGAGAACGUGAUGGGGUUUGACCCCUAUCUCAAGGACGUUAACGACGAGGAGUUGAAGGAACCCACCGACAAGAGGAUGUUUGUGGUGGCGGCGGCCCUCAAGAAAGGCUAUUCGGUCGAUAGGCUGUACGACUUGACCAAAAUCGACCGCUGGUUUUUGGAGAAGAUGAAGAAGAUCGUCGACUGGACCACGUUCCUCGAAACCAUAGACCAGCUGCACUUGUCGCAUGAUAUUUUACUGAAGGCCAAACAAAUCGGGUUCUCCGAUAAACAGAUUGCGACAGCAGUCAAGAGUACCGAACUGGCCAUCAGGAAGCAACGCGAGGAGUUCGGGAUCAAGCCAUACGUCAAGCAGAUAGACACAGUGGCGGCGGAAUGGCCCGCCACCACCAACUACCUCUACCUAACCUACAACGCCUUUGAGCACGACUUGACCUUCGAGGAAAAACACACCAUGGUCAUAGGAUCGGGGGUUUACCGCAUCGGGAGCUCCGUGGAGUUCGACUGGUGCGCAGUCGGGUGCCUCCGGGAGUUGCGCCGCUUGGGCCGCAAGACAAUCAUGAUCAACUACAACCCCGAAACCGUCAGCACCGACUACGACAUGUCGGACCGCCUCUACUUUGAAGAAAUCUCCUUUGAAGUGGUCAUGGACAUCUACAACAUCGAGGACCCUGUCGGGAUCAUACUGUCAAUGGGCGGCCAACUCCCCAACAACAUCGCCAUCGACCUCCACCGGCAGCAAGCCCGCAUCUUGGGCACGUCCCCCGACUCCAUCGACGGCGCCGAGAACCGCUUCAAAUUCUCGCGGAUGUUGGACCGGAUCGGGAUCAUGCAGCCGCGUUGGAAGGAACUCACUAACCUCAAAUCGGCGAUCGAGUUCUGCGAAGAAGUGGGGUACCCGUGCCUGGUGCGCCCCUCCUACGUGCUCAGCGGCGCCGCCAUGAACGUUGCCCACUCCAACCAGGACUUGGAGACGUACCUGAACGCCGCUAGCGACGUCUCCAAGGAGCACCCAGUCGUCAUCUCGAAGUUCAUCCUCGAGUCGAAGGAGAUCGACGUCGAUGCGGUGGCCUGCGACGGCGUUAUCCUCUGCAUGGCGGUGUCGGAGCACGUGGAGAACGCCGGGGUGCACUCCGGGGACGCCACACUCGUUACCCCGCCGCAGGACAUCAACGACGAGACUCUGGGCAAGAUCACGCAGAUCUGCAAGGCCAUUGCGGCCUCGCUGGAGGUGACUGGGCCCUUCAACAUGCAACUGAUCGCCAAGGACAAUGAUCUGAAAGUGAUCGAGUGUAACGUGCGCGUUUCGCGUUCCUUCCCCUUUGUUUCCAAAACCCUAGACCAUGAUUUUGUGGCGAUGGCCACUCGGGUGAUGGUUGGGGAGCUGGUCCAGCCCGUGGAUGUGCUCUCGGGGUGCGGCAAAGUGGGGGUUAAGGUGCCCCAGUUUUCGUUUUCGCGGCUCGCGGGCGCCGAUUUUAUGCUGGGGGUGGAGAUGGCGUCCACUGGGGAGGUGGCCUGUUUUGGGGAUAAUCGGUACGAGGCGUACUUGAAGGCCAUGAUGAGUACUGGGUUUAGCGUCCCCGAAAAAUCGAUUCUGCUGUCAAUUGGGAGUUUCAAGCAUAAAAUGGAGCUGCUGCCCAGCAUGAGAGUGUUGCAAAAGAUGGGGUACAAGUUGUAUGCAAGUUUGGGCACCGCUGACUUUUACAACGAGCAUGGAGUUAAGGUCGAGUCGGUACAAUGGACUUUCGAGAACAUUGAUGCCAUAACGAGCCAAGGGGAGCUCAAGCACUUGGCGGAGUUUUUGUCAAAGAAACAGUUUGACUUGGUUAUCAACCUCCCCAUGCGCAAUGGCGGCGCUCGGAGAGUGUCCUCCUUCAUGACCCACGGGUACAGGACCCGGCGCCUGGCCAUCGACUACUCCAUCCCGCUCGUGACCGACGUCAAAUGCACCAAACUCCUGGUGGAGGCUCUGAGACGCAUUGGGACCGCGCCCCCCAUGAAAACCCACACUGACUGCAUGUCUUCGCGCCGUUUGGUCAAACUACCGGGCCUUAUUGACACCCACGUCCACGUGCGUGAACCCGGGGCCACCCACAAGGAGGACUACGCCUCCUGCACGGCCGCAGCCCUCGCUGGCGGCGUCACCAUGAUUUGCGCGAUGCCCAACACUAACCCGGCCGUCACCAACCAGGAAACCCUAACCCUUGUGGAGAACCUGGCGCGGAAAAACGCCCGGUGUGACUAUGCCAUCUACAUGGGGGCCUCCUCAGACAACUACUCCGCGAUCCCGGAGCUCGCCCCCCAGGUCGCAGGCCUCAAAAUGUACCUCAAUGAGACCUUCACCACGUUGAGACUUAACGAUCUCAACACCUGGACCAAGCACUUGGCUAAUUGGCCGAAAAAAGCCCCGAUUUGUGUGCAUGCCGAGGGGCAAACCACGGCCGCUGUUAUCCUGAUGGCGAGUUUGCAAAACCGGCCAAUCCACAUCUGUCACGUGGCCCGGAAAGAGGAAAUCUUGAUCAUCAAAGCGGCCAAGGAAAAAGGCUUGAACAUAACCUGUGAGGUUUGCCCCCACCACCUUUUUCUCUCGACUGAAGAUGUCAAAACCUUGGGGGUGUGUAAAAGUCAGGUUCGGCCUGUUCUAAUGUCACCAGAGGACCAACAAGCCCUUUGGGAUAACUUACACGUGAUUGACUGCUUUGCCACCGACCAUGCCCCCCACACUUUGGAGGAGAAGACCAGUUCGAGCCCUCCCCCAGGCUUCCCCGGGCUGGAGACAAUCCUCCCGUUGCUCCUGAACGCCGUUAACGAGAACAAACUGACUAUUGACGACAUCGUCACCAAGUUCUACCGCAACCCCAAGAAGAUUUUCAAUUUGCCGGACCAACCAAACACUUACGUUGAAAUCGACCUGGACGAGGAGUGGACGAUUCCAGAGGCUACCACUUACAGUAAGGCUAAGUGGACCCCGUUCGCUGGCCGCAAGGUCAAGGGAGCCGUCCACCGCGUGGUGCUCCGUGGAGAGGUGGCUUUCGUCGACGGCCAGAUCCUGGUGCAGCCCGGGUUUGGGCAAAACGUGCGCACGUGGGACAAAAAGACCUUCGACGAGGUCAUAGCCCCUCCCACCGUCACCACUGGGGAGUACAACGACGGGCAGACCAACGAGAUUUUCAAGAAGUUGCUGUCAGGGGGUGGCAAAGUGCACUUCUCUGCCACCAACGAGCUGCACGUGGACAGCCGGCUGGGGGUGACCUCGCCCACGCCCGUGGGGCCCCGGAUCCGCACUGGUAGUUUCUCCCAAAUGGAGCAGAUGCAUCACAGUCUUGCCAACAAGCAUAUUCUUUCGGUGGAUAUGUUUACGAAAGACCAGCUCAAUGAUAUUUUCAACUUGGCGCAAACUUUUCGCGUUAAUGUCAGUAAGGAGCGGGCUGUUGAUCAUAUCUUGAAGGGGAAAGUCAUGGCGUCGAUUUUCUACGAGGUUAGCACUCGGACCAGUUGCAGUUUCGCGGCUGCCAUGCAGAGGUUGGGCGGUGGGGUGAUUUAUAUGGACGAGACGAGUUCGUCGGUGAAGAAAGGGGAGACUUUGGAGGACUCGGUUGCUGUGAUGGCGGGGUAUGCCGAUGUGGUGGUGUUGAGGCAUCCGACGCCUGGCUCGGUUAUGCGGGCGUCCCACCACUGCCGCAAGCCCCUCAUCAACGCCGGCGACGGAGUCGGCGAGCACCCCAGCCAAGCCCUCCUCGAUAUUUUCACAAUUCGAGAGGAGAUCGGCACUGUGAACGGCCUCACCAUUACCCUAGUUGGUGAUUUGAAAAACGGGCGCACUGUUCAUUCCCUUGCACGUUUGCUGACACUGUACAACGUGCAGCUGCGUUACGUAAGCCCCCCGAGCUUGAAAAUGCCGAGUCAUAUCACCAGCUUCGUGGCCUCCAAAGGCAUACCCCAGAACGAGCACAGUACCCUUGAGGAGGUACUGCCGGACACGGACGUACUGUACAUGACUCGCAUCCAGAGAGAACGGUUUAGCUCACAAGAGGAGUACGACAAGGCCUGUGGCCACUUUAUCGUAACUCCGCAACUGAUGACGAGGGCGAAGAGGAAAAUGGUGGUGCUUCACCCCCUGCCCAGGGUGUUCGAAAUCAGCCCGGAGUUUGACACGGACCCCCGGGCGGCCUAUUUCAGGCAGGCGGAGUGCGGGAUGUAUGUCAGAAUGGCGCUCCUAGCCAUGGUUUUAGGGAAGUGUUAAACGAAAUAAAGGAAGUUAAGUAAAA